CGAGUUUGUUCACGUGACGUGUGCCAAAAGAUAUUUUAAAUUCAAUAUUUACAAAAAUAUGGUCAUUACAGGUCCCCUAAAAGUAGUUUAACAUGUUCUUAUAAUCCAAAAGAAUUUAUUGGGAUACAAUUCUGUCCUAAGAUUUGUAGAUGGAAACAACCCUAUUAGUUGCUGGAAUUUUUAAAUUUUCCAUGUCCGCGGUUAUACGCAUGAAACGGGAUGCUUUGCUCGCGUUUUACGCGCACUUGGUCAAUAACAAACCAUUAAAUAAAAUUCUAUCAAAUAUUUUUCCAAACAACAGCAGACUCGUAACAGUCGUAACUAAAUAACAAACAACGGCAGUGCAUUUUACUGUGUAUUUCUAGACACCAUAAUAUUUUUAAAGUGCCUUUUUUCUAGUGACAUUUUAGUAUUUUUUGAUAGCACAUUUCAAAAAACUUUAGCAUAUUUUAGACAUGAGUCUAGCAUAUUUUCAAAAUCGGAGUUGGCAACACUGAUCAUAAUUUGCAUAGCACAGCGACACCAAUUGCGCUAUUAACCGAAGUUUUUUCCGUAUUGCGGUUGUCUUUUUGUAAUUUAUUUACAUAUUAAUCUAAUUCUUUUAUUAUUUAUCUAAUUCGUAUAUUAAAGUGUUAGUUAAACAGAAACUUAAAAAUGGAGUGCACGACACCUGUAAAUUAUAUAUUGAGCGACGAAAUCACCAAAGUCAACCACACUUUGAUACCUCCAGGCCACCAGCUAGGUGAUGUUCGUACUGUGAGGAUUGUGCAGGAGAAUCUAGGCAGGUUGAUUGACUCGUUCGGGGUGCAGUCGGCGGCAGCACAGGGCCUAUCGAAAGCCAUCACCACAGCCGAGAAGCUCCGGAAUGCUCCAGGUCAUGUGCUGUACCUGUUAAAAGACGCCACAGCUAACAACGGCCACGGCGAGCUUAUAGGCUUCCUAAAGGUGGCCUAUAAACAUCUUUACCUUUUCGACGAGCGCGAAAAGGUCCGCGAGAUGGAGCCCCUGUGCGUGUUGGACUUCUACGUCAGCGGCGCGCGCCAGCGGUGCGGUAACGGCAAGAAGCUGUUUGAUUUCAUGUUGCAGGAUACCAACAGCCGGGCUCAAGACCUGGCGGUGGACGGCCCAUCAUCCAAGAUGGAAACCUUCCUGGCAAAAAAUUACGGGAUUGACCACCUCAUCCGGCAGAGCAACAACUUUGCCAUCUCGCCUGCAUUCUUCCAUACAGCAUGUGAUGCCAGUCAAUCCGGUCGCAGCACGCCGUUGAUGCCAACCGCGGCCGUGGGACGGUUCGCCGCUCGCAAACCACCGUCGUCCAUUUCGGACAUCAUCCACGGGGGUAUGGACCACAGGUUCCUCGAGAUGAAUAAUGGAACUCCUGAAGACACUGCAACACCAGUGGCUGAGCUUCCAAAAAUACCAACCCCAGAGCCUGAGCCGGAGCCGGUACCAGAGCCUGAGCCGGAGCCGGUUCCAGAGCCUGAACCGGAGGUACCGGCUUCACCCAGCCCGGAGCGCCCGACCACAUUACAGGUCGCUCCGGCGGUGUCCGCCGCGCCGUCUCCGGCAGGCUCGGCCGCCCCACGUCGUGACUCUCAACUCACCGAUCAAGGGUACUUCGAUGUCAAGUUUUACCACAAUAAGCUGUGGUAAUUACCUUGGGUGUUUUUUAUGUCCAUUCCUUUUUACUUCAUACUGUUUUGUUGUUUGUGUUUGGAUAUUUAGAUGUCUGAUUUUGGACGCGGAUUAAGAUGUAUUUUUUCAUUGUGGAGCUUAAACUUAAAGAGGUUUUCUGUGAGAGCUUGUGUAUCUGGAUUUUUAGAUGUCAGACAAACAGAUUUCGGAAACUGAUCACUUAUAGAGAUAGUCUUUCAUCCCAAAACUCUUCCUAUAAGGAAUGAAAUUUAGGGCAUCGUUAUUAGGGGACGUCUGAAGUAAGUGAUAACAUCGAAUAUCGUUGAGUCAGGACUGCCCCAAUCAGUUUUCUCUUGGCGUUAGUUGGCAACAGUAAUAUAAUAGUAAAUUCUGAGCUUAAACACUUGUUUAUUAUUUACUACAAACCUAUUGAAAAACUUUAAAAACCAAUGAGCUUAACACAAGUUUAAGUAAAAAUAACCAAGCUGACUUUUAAUAUCUUUUUUCUUCUUUGACACUUUCUUUUAUAUGAUAUUAUAUUUAUUUAUUUCAUAAUAUUAAAUUGCAUUAUAAAUUAUUGUAAAAUAUAUAAGAAUUAAUAUUAUGAUCGUCAAGAGUACAUUAUAAAAUACAAGAUAACAAACAAUACAACACAGUAUAUUAUAAGGUAAACAAGCCAAAAGAUUUUUCCUUAACGAUAUCUUAAUUAAGUACCUGGCCUAUUGAUGUUAGUGCGUCUACUAAGUAAUGUCAUAUGUGGUUAGGUGAUGAAUGUCCUAGCGGCUCUUUUAAAAAAAUAUCUACAUUACAUUCAAAUUAUGCUGGGUGACGCAUCGAUUUUUUGUUUUAUUAUUUGCAGUCAGACCAAUCUAAACUAUUUUAUUGUGUAUUAAUACGUAUACGUUUAUUUAAUAAUAUGGAUGUGCGUACAAAACAUGUAGUUUGAUUUUCAAAUAGCUUGUAUUUUACUUUAUACGCAGUAAGCAUUUAAUCAAUCGUUAAUUUUUGAUCAGACACUUUUAUGCCUUUAUUUUAGAAUAAAUUAAUAUCAGGAAGCUAACAGACAAUGUGGAGAAGACCGUCGUAGGGCAAGAACUCUCGUAUUCGUAUACCUACUUACUUCGUUCAGACACAGUCUGAAAGAAAGAGCUUCGCUCCUGCUGCUCUACCGACCUUCUGUAAGUGGAGUAUGCGUACAAACAAGAGUUAGAAGCGACGAAAGGGCUUGUAGACCCAUACCUGAUACACGGUCUUCUCCACGUUGACCUUAACUCAAUAACAUAUUGAUUUAAAUCGUUCGGAUACUGGUGAACCCACCGGAUUUUUUGGAUAAAGUGUAAGUCGUCAAAUACUUAAAAUUUCCUCAUUAAACUUAUAUGCUUUGUUUUAAAAAUUCGGCCGCCAAAGUAGGUGUUACAUAUCUGUAAAUGUUUGAGUUGUGUGUUUGGAAAGGCUUGAGUUGUAUAAGCACGAAUGGAUUAGUUCGAAUAAAGGCUUUGUUAAAUUUGUAACGGGUAAUGAAUCAGUUAUAUGUGGGACCUACAGCUCUAUGUUAUUAUUACUUUUAUAUGACGCAAAUUCUGUCAUUAAAUUUCAAUGACAAAACGUACACGUGUUUAUUAAAAAUGACGCUGUUUGACUUGGAAAUGUAUACAUUAUUUAUACUAUUUUCUGUAUUUUAUAAUUUGCUUAAAAGAUUAAUCAUUAAUUUAGCUCAACUAGUUUCCCUAAAAGUAUGGCAAUUGCAUUAUACUAUCCGAUUAAUUCGUAAGUAACUAGCGAACAAAAUGCUAAAUUACAUGGGAUCACUUGCUUUAUCUAUAGUAUUUUCUACUAGAUUAUUAAAUCGGAUUGAAAUUAAUUAAAAUACACGUUGCACUGACAAGAAGCAUUCCUUUUAUACUCGUGAGAUUGUAGAUUGUUGAAAUGAAUAUUGGUGUGUUAUUGGAUUUUAUUGCCGAAAAUUGGCAAGUAUUUGAUUGAUUGCGGCACAUUUUUUAUACGUGUAUUGUGGUUAUUAUUAACAAACAUUAAUUAGGUAUAACAGUUUCUUUAUUUAUAUAAUUAGUCAUUACUCAUUAUAUGUUUACUAUGUAUUAUUUUUUUGUCGUUUUGACGUUCACUGUGUCAUUGUAGAGAAUCUAUCACUCAAAAGCAAAACUGGCUAAGUGACACGGAUGGAAGGGCAAACAAAAAUUUAUAAGUAUAAGAAGCAAAAAAACAGGAUUAUACCCGUGUGCAAGAAUCCACAGAAAUUGUAUUCAAUUUAACUAUCAAUUUGAAUAAUAUUUUUUCAUGAAACCAGUUUCUCGCUUCAAUAAAAUACAGUGUAAUAUUAUUAUUGUAUCUCCUUGGAUUUCACGGGCCUAUAAAUCCCGGUCUUUUGAUAGGCUUGCUUGGGAUAGAGAUCCAACACGUAGAGGCCCAUUGGAGAGAUUUAAUGUCAUGUAGAACACCUGCUGGAACCCGUUCACAGGUGCAACAAUAGAUACCCAUGAACUGGUCGCAGCAGGCAUUGGGACUAUUGUUGUAAAAGUGAACAGUAAAACGGUCUAUGGAUUGAAAUUUGGGUGGACAAUGAGACUGGGUUAUUGCAAAGACGUCCGGACACUUGCCAUAACAAUGUUUUCAUUAGUUAUCGAGGCAGGCGGUGACUUGCCGCCCACUAGAUGGGCCUCUGAAAAUGCCGACCAGGAGCAACACCGGUGUGAGCGGCUCAGGGGUGUCGAGAGAUGUACGCCGCUUUCUACCCAGUGGCUGAUAACAGCCACUGUGCCAACUCGCGUCUUAUGCAAGUUUUCACUUCCACCCCUGGAGCAUUUAGCUCUAACGACUCCCCUCUGGACAGCCAAUGAAGGCAAGCCAGAGCUGAGAGUCCUGCGGGUCCCCUUGGGGUCCACUCCGACCGACGGAGACCCUGACCGACUCUCGGGAACACUCGGGUCCGUGGGGUCGUUACUCCCCGACAGCUCGCCACAAGCUGCCCUGGGAGCUUAUUAUUAUUAUUACACUGUAUUUUAUUGAAGCGAGAAACUGGUUGGAACAAUUUCUGUGGAUUUUUGCACGCGGGUAUAAUCAUGUUUUUUUUCUUCUUAUACUGAGAUUAACUAUUAAUUUUAUAUUAUAUAUGUAUUCCAAAUGCUGCAUUGGAUUGUUAUUUUAAGACGUAAACUAAAGUCAGCGUAGACUUAACUAGUACAGUCAACCGAUUUGAAUCCUAGGCCACUAUAGAACCUUGUCGCUUUAACUACUCUAUACAUGACAUGCAUCACUCAAUAAGCACUGUCGUAGAAGUCAUUAUGACAUGGUUCUAUAGUGGCCUAGGAAUCAAAUUGGUUGACUGUACAUGCCAUUGUAUUUUGUGAGAUCCUUAUACCUAUUCAAAACUUUGAAAAUAGUGCAACACUACUAACGAAUAUCUUAAGGAUUUUACAAGCCACGAAUUGGUAUUAUACAUACAUCUAAUUUCAUAUUCUUCGUAGUAAGAUUUUUUGCAUUACAUUUUAAAGAAUUAUGAAACAUGACGCAUCCAAAUUUGGAUGCGUCAUCAUUUAUAAUUUUACAUGAAAUGAACUAAUAUUGGACAAUAUUUACUUCUGCGCUGACAAUCGCACCAAUUACUCAUAAACCAAAUAAUAACUAAAUUACUAGGUUAAUUAAUUUUAAUAUUAUUAACAGUAUUUAAACGGCAGCGGGCCCUCGGCUUCAGACUUAAUAAUAAGUGAUGUCGUUCACUCUCAUUAUUUUAAGUAUGCUAAUAAUUAUUAAAUAGUACGUUGAUUACAUUACAAUGGCUAAGACUGGAGUGAUAGAAAUGCAUUUUAAGCUAUUAUUUGAAAUGUGUAUUAAUUAUUGUUAGCGAUCUGUUAUUUUUUUAUAUAAUUGUUUUGCUGGUAUUACAUUGUAAUGAAUAUAAAUCGUUUUAAUACAAUUAAAUCGCUGAAUUAUAAA